AUGGACCUCGUCCUCGCCGGCCUCGCCGGGCCUUCCGACGCCUCCGCCUCCGUCGCCUUCGACGCCCGCGGGGCGGAGCUGCUGGCGGCGCUGCCGCGGCCCCGGGGGACCAGGGCCAAGGCCUUCUGUGGGGACACCGAGAUUCUGCCUUGCAAGACUCUCAAGGAGCAGGGCGUGUCCAAUGCCUCCACAGUGUCCUAUGUCUUUGUCCCUGCAGACUUGUGGCAUAUCUGUGACGCGUUGAGCAGAGGCAAGGCUGUCAACGCGGAGGGCAUCACUGUGCUGCACUGCGACGACUCGGCGAACUUGGCGAAAAGUGCCCUGGACCACGUGGAGCACCUCAGCUUCGGCUGGGCCAUGAACCGGAGCCUGCGCAAGGUGUGUCUGCCCUCCUUGCAGAGCCUCACCUUGGGCCACGACUUCAACCAGAGCUUGGCGGGGCUUCGCCUGCCCGAAACCCUGCAGAGCCUCACCUUCGGAGAUUGCUUCGACCAGAGCCUGGACCAGGUGGACUUCCCCAAAGAGCUGCAGAGCCUGAACUUUGGGGACUGCUUCAACCAGAGCCUGGCGAAGGUGAGGCUGCCGGGCCUGCGGAUCCUGACCUUCGGCUACUGUUUCUGCCAGAGCCUCGUAGAGGUGGACCUGAGCAGCCUGGAGCAUCUCAUUUUGGGGGACGUGUACAACGAGCCCCUGGACCAGGUGCACUUGCCUCGCCUGGUGGGCCUGAACCUUGGCCUCCACUUCGACCAGGGGCUGCAGGGGGUGGUUUUGCCCGAAGGCUUGCAGCACCUCUGCUUUGGCUGGGCAUAUUCACAGAGCCUGGCCGGCGUCAAGCUUCCGACAGGCCUCCUGUCGCUGUCCUUCGGAGACUUUGGGGAGAUGCUGACGGUGGAACUCCCCGAAAACCUCCAGUGUCUGACCAUGGGCAAGGUCUCCGUUGAGGCGCUGCAGGGGCUGGAGCUGCCGCAAAGCUUGCGGAGCCUCUGCACCGAGGACAUAGACCUGGGGGUUUUGAAGCUGAAGGGCUUGCAGAGUCUGAGCUUGGGGCAGUGCUUCAAUCGACGCCUGCCAGACCUCCCACAGAGUCUUCGGAGCCUGAGCUUCGGGAAGGCCUUCAACCAGCCUCCGUCGCACCUGCCCACCGGCCUCGAGGAGCUGACCUUUGGCGCGGAUUUCAACCAGCCCCUGCAAGGGGUCAGCUUUCCCGAGAACCUGCGGUGCCUAACCUUCGGCCACUACUUCAACUCCAGCCUGGAGAGCCUGAGCUUUCCGCAGCUGCUGCACUUGAACCUGGGCUACACCUUCAACCAGCGCCUGGAGAAGGUGGGCUUUCCAAACCUGGAAAGCCUCACCUUCGAGGGCUACUUCAACCAGAGCCUGGCAGAGGUCUCGUUGCCAGGCCUGCUGUGCCUGACGCUGGGCCGGCACUGGAACCAGCCACUGGACGGGGUCGCUCUGCCCAAAUUGCAAUCCUUGAGCUUCGGCGCGGACUUCAACCAGCCUCUGCAGGUGGUACUGCCGUGCCUGGAGCACUUGGUGCUGGGCGAGAUGUUCGACCAAAGCUUGGCCCAGGCGGAACUGGCCGCCUUGCAGAGCUUGGUGCUCGGGGACGCCUUCGAUCAGCCCCUGGCAGAGGCUGUGGCGAGGUUCCCCAAGCUGCGGAAGCUGGCUCUGGGGAAAAGCUUCCGGCGGAAGGUGCCGGAGGCUUGGGCGCUGCGGAGCUUGGAGUACCAGGGCAUCUACGUGUCCGUGGAGUAG